CCAUAAUUCAGGGCUUGACGAGGACGCGGAGAGCCUGCUCUGGUGAAGACGGCAGCAGCAAGAACAAUGGGAGUAGACGUGGAAACCCUCAGGCCAGGAGACGGAAAGACUUUUCCGCAAAAAGGAAAGCAGGUUUCCGUCCACUAUGUUGGCACGCUGACAAACGGGAAGCAGUUUGACUCCUCCAGGGACCGAGGACAACCCUUCCAGUUCACGCUGGGAGCUGGGGAAGUGAUCCGUGGUUGGGAUGAAGGUGUAGCUCAGAUGAGCGUCGGUCAGCUGGCCAAGUUGACCUGCUCCCCGGACUACGCGUACGGCAGCAAAGGCUACCCGCCCAUCAUCCCUGCCAACUCCACCCUCAUCUUUGAGGUGGAGCUCCUCAAAUGCUGAGUGUUUCCACUGAAAGUUAAUACUGAAUUUUUAUUUUUUUUUUCCAUUCCACCCACCUCUGUUAUAUAUAAUUGCUUGCAUAAAGGUGCUGUCAAAGAUUUAUAAACAUGAAUAAAUGAUUUUAGAAAGAAUAUUUAAAAUUUGUUAUAAACUAAGAAAUGAGAGAGAAUUGGGACUUUACUAUUUCAGUUGAUGAUGGUCGUGCCUGGGAAACUUGAAAAGAAUAUUUCACCAGUUUGGGGUAAAUGGAUGUUGCUUUCUUGACAGUCUGAGAUUGACCAUAUUGAUUUUAAAACUAUUGAAUAUGAAAUAUCGAGCAUCAACAUGGAUUUAAGCUUGCAUUCAUCCAGCGGGUUAUGUCACAAUCACAUUUUUAAAGUUUCAUGACUUGAUCUUAAUCUAACAUGUCUAGUGUCCUUAAGAGCGCGUGGCAGCUCUGGAGUUAUUGUGAACAGUUGUUCACUGUAACUUCAGAUUUACAAUCAUUGUUGCCCAUAAAAGACUUGAAACAGUUUAAAUCUCAUCUCUCUUUCAGUACCCCCUCCAAAGUCUCUGUUGAAUCCUAUUAAAAUAUAGUUUCAUAGUCCUCAAAUUUAAAUCUGUAAUAUUGAAUUUGGUCAGUUUUGUUGAAGUGUUCUAUUCAAUGCGGCUCGUAACAUAAUAAUUUGAGGAUAUCGUUAUUGUUUUACUUGUUAAAACUUAUUCACAUUUCACUAAUUGGUCUGCAUAAAAGUUGUACAAUGAAGAGCAAAAAAAGCAACUGAAUUUAAGGGAGGAAAAAAAAGUGGAACGAGUGACAGUAAGCACACGUUGGCUACCCAUCUUCUCAGCGACUCUUAAUUUGAUCACAAGUGUUUAUUCUCGUCUUUCAGAAGUAGUGUGGUAGUGGUUAGUGAUGUUAAAAUCCACAAGUGACACCUUUUUUUUCCAAGACUUUUUUUUUUUUCAUGGAUAAUUUUAUUCCUGCUGUAGGUGCAUUUAGAUGACAACUUAAAACAAUCGCACAAGUCUUGAGAAAAAUAGUCUUUGUAUGAAAAGAAUCACAGCUUAAAACUGAACUAACUUUGGCUUGUUUCUUUUGUGUUGCCACGUUUACUCUUAAAAGCAGAUUUUGACACCUGUGUUCCUUAAACUCGCUUUUUGGUCCUUUAAUCCAGGUUUUAGACCUGAAGUGUCCUUGUGUUACAUCGUAAUCAAAACACUGUUUUGUGUUUAUUUUUUUCUUUUGUAUUGCCUUUUUCCUUCAUUGUAUUAUCAGAACUCUUACCUGUGGCUGUUGCAGUCUCACAUUAAAAUCAGGAUACUGUAUAAAUGAA